AUCACGUGAUAAUUGUAGGUACAGUUUUACUGAUAUAUUUUUUUUCAUAGAGAGUUUUAAAACCUUUACGUCAGUUCUAUUUUUAUUAUCACGUGCAUACUUGUACGUUUAAACCGCCAUUUUACUACUCAAGACAAUAGGAAGAUGUCAAAGAAAAUCAAAGAAUCCGAUGAAUCUCGACUCUCUAAACCUGGAAAAGAGGAGAUGAAAGGAAAGCAAGUAAAGAAGAUAGAAGAUCCUGUCUCAUCCACAAGUGGAAUGGAGCAAGAAAAAGGAGAGGACUUUAAAGGAAAGCAAGAAAGAAAGAUUGAAGAUCCUGUCUCGAGCACAAGUGAAAUGGAACAAGGGAAAGAAGAGAAAUUGGAAUUAAAGCAAGACAGAAAGAAUGAAGAUACCCCAGUGAGACAGAAUAUAUGUAUGGAGGAUGAUGAAAUCCCUUCAAGUCAAUGAUGAAAACACCGAUAUCGUAUGUUUAACGAAGCGAAGAAGUUAAGAAAACGAA